GAUCCGAUCGGCAGGGCCUCUAACAAGAUCGCUGGUCGCUUGGGCGCCGAAGCCUUCUGGCCCACUGAGCUAGCCGAUGGAGAGAUUGACAAGGCCGCCAGGAUCCUACGCACCUUCAGCAUCGAAGGUGCCAGGGCCGACGAAGGCGCUAGAGCCGAAGCCAGCGGAGGAGUAGCCCAGACCCCUGGAGGUGACCCAAAUCAGCACAGGAAGACACAAAAGGUUGUGAGGAAGAUUCCGGAAAAGGCUAUCCAGGGCGCUUGUGGAAUUGCCAUCUUCACAUGCUUCAGGACGGGCUUUGGGUGGUCUGGUGCGGGUGGCUCCGGAGUGGUCAUGGCGAGGUUGCCUGAUGGAUCUUGGGGUCCGCCUUCUGGCCUGCUGGUUCAUACUUUGGGAUGGGGACUUCUGGUCGGUCUAGACAUUUACGAUGUGGUCCUCGUCAUCCGCAAGCCAGAGACUCUUAAGGCCUUUACACAUCCCAAGGUCUCCGUCGGAGGAGAGCUGAGUGUCGCUGCAGGGCCAGUAGGCAAUGGUGCUAUGAUCGACAGCGGCUUGGAAGCUAAGCCAGUAUGGUCCUACUCCAAGUCCAAGGGAGUGUAUGCUGGACUGCAGCUCGACGGUACGAUCAUUCUCAAGCGAGACGACGCCAACGCUCGCUUUUAUGGCCAAAAAGUCACCGUCGCAGACAUCUUCCAAGGCAAAGUGCGAGCUCCUCCCGCCGCCAAACCCCUGAUGCAGACCUUGUAUGCAGCCGAAGGCAGACCGGACUUCCUCGGUACAGACGCCAUUCCACAAGGGCUGACGCCAGGAGAUAUUCCAGUCUCGGAGGACGACUUC